ACCAUAGUGGACGGUCAGACCAAUGGACUGUGUGAGAGUAGUAUUCAUCAGUCAUGUUCUCCUUGUCCGAGCUGGACCUCUCAGUUUGGCGUUUGAUUUAGUCGGUUAGGCCACGAAUUAAAUACAAUAUUAUCACAUUACUAUUAUAAUGUUCAUGUUGUAGACAUUUUCCUCGGCUUGUAGUGCCCGGCUUACAUAAUAAUCAAAUUUAUCUAUUUACUAUUUUUCUAGCCGUUUUUUUCGUUAAGCGGUCGUCUUAUCCGUCGCAUUUAGAGUAAAAAAAAAAUAUUUUUGAACAAAUGAUCUAUGUGUACGAUAAUGAGUAAUGGCAUAAUAUCUUUGCAGUUACAUAAACAGUUAUAACGUUAAUGUACCAACUAAUAGUAUAACUGUAGCUGUAACCGCUACUACAGUAUUCAUUCAACUAUUUAACCGACAUUAAUCGGUGUCUUCAACUCAUUGAAUUCAUUGGAUUCAUUCGUGUACUCCUUUAACAAUGAAGCUGAUCGGUGCACUGGUCCUGGUUGCUGCUUGCACAUUGGGCAGAACUGACGGAGCCAACAUACUCGGAGUGUUCCCCAUCAACGGACGAAGUCAUUGGGUGGUUUAUGAAAGCCUGAUGAAAGCAUUGGCCGCUCGAGGACAUAACGUCACUGUCAUCACAUCUUUCCCACAAAAAUCUCCAAUCGCCAAUUACACGGAUAUAGACGUUUCCAAAGCGUUCCCGUCGGCAGUCAACAAAAUUAGCAUUGAUCUUGUGCUAAACGUUUUGUCCAGCAUCUUUGCCAACCAAUGGUUCAUCUCCAGCCACUCGUUGAAUAUUUGCCAGACUUGUAUAAAACUUCCAACAGUGCAAGCGUUGCUGAAAAGUGACAUCAAGUUCGAUGCGGUAUUCACAGAGAUUUUUGGGUCAGACUGCGAUGUCGGUUAUGCCUAUCAUUACAAGGCACCUUUGUUGUCCAUGAUCUCAAGUUCGCAUUUACCUUGGAGUUACGACCGCGUGGGUGGACCGGACAAUCCAUCAUACAUACCCACCAUCGUAACGAAAGUAGCUGGUAAAAUGAACUUUAAGGAACGUGUGAUCAACACUCUCUACUACAUAUAUUUCAAGAUGGCGUGGAAAUAUUAUAGCGAAUGGCCGGCUGAUAAAUUCUUGAAAGAGAACUUCGGACCUAACACUCCGUACAUCAAUGAUAUACUUUACAAUACCUCUAUGGUGUUUGUAAAUGGUCAUUUUUCACUGGACGGACCGCGACCGCUCGUGCCCAACAUGGUGGAAAUUGGAGGCAUACACGUGAAACCGCCUAGGCCGUUACCUAAAGAUAUAUUGAAAUUUAUUGAAGACUCGCCCAAUGGAGUAAUGUUUUUUACAUUCGGAUCAUUAAUACGUAUAUCAACACUGCCAAAACACGUACUCGACAUAUUCAAAGAAGUAUUCGCAAAGCUUCCAAUCCGAGUUUUAUGGAAAUACGAAGUAGACAUGCCAGACAAGCCGGAUAACGUGUACAUUAGCAACUGGAUGCCACAGAGAGAUAUUCUGAAUCAUCCCAAGGUGCGUUUAUUCAUGACCCAUGGAGGCCUAUUGGGCACAAUCGAAGCCGUACACUCUGGCGUGCCUGUUAUAGGAAUCCCGUUCUUCUUCGACCAGCCCAGAAACAUUUUGAAGGUGGUCGAAAAAGGAGCCGGUAUUUUGCUGGAAUACGAGAACUUGACCAGAGAAUCGCUUUACGGUGCCAUAAACGCAAUUAUCACCAACAGCAGUUAUCAAACAAAUGCAAAUAAAUUGUCGAAGAGAUUCAAAGACAGGCCUUUGAGUGCUACCGAAACGGCUGUUUACUGGACUGAGUACGUGAUAAGACACAAGGGAGCCAGGCAUUUGAAAACGGCGGCCGUCGGGAUGCCAUGGUGGAAAUACUAUUUAGUGGAUGUUAUUGGAUUUAUCGCAAUCAUUACCUUCGCUGUGCUAUUUACGAUUUACUUUUUACUUAAAUUGGCGUACAGAAAAUUCAUCAAAAAAAUAGAUCCCAAAAAUAAAGUCAAGAAAAACUAAUGACGAGGCUUUGUAUGGAUUAUAAUAAUAUUUUCAGUACAUUUAAAAAUAUGUACUGUACAGUAUUAAAGAGCAUUAUGUUUCAUCUUAAUUUUUACAAAAUAUAUACCUCGUCUUUAUCUUAAGUUAAUAUUAUAAGUUUAACAACCCAAGUGCACAUUCUUUGUGCCCAGUUUUUGUCAUAACUCACAAUUAUUGUUUUAUAAUAAGUGGCCAACUAUAAACCAUUAUAUUAUUUUGUUUAUGGUGGUGCAAUAAUCAAACUUUGUUGACACUUAAAAAAAACUAUAUGACGUACUUCGUGUAAUAGAUAGUAAAACAGAUACUAAACAUAGAUAUGGAUUACUUUUUUUCUAUGUCAAAUAUAGUUCAGGGGAUUGCAUACAGUUGGUUUUUAAGGAGUUUUGUAUAGGCAAUAUUUAAGAAAUAAGUGAUUUUAAUAAAUUUCCAUCAUGUCAAUUAAUUUACUGGUUGAUUUGUAUAAGCUUCAUGGUAUUAUUUUCAACAAAUCCGAAAUCCAAAAGUAGUUUAACUUUUUGGUGUUGUGUUUUAUUUUUAUAUUUUCAUCAAAAAUAUUUUUCUUAUGUACACUGUUUUAUGCUGUAAAAAUAUAUAACACCUACUUAUAAGAUGUUUAAGUGACUUAAAUAGCGUUUUUUCAUCACCUGUGCGUAUAUAAACGUGUGCAUAUUAUAUCAUAUUUUUAAUUUAUUUAUCAAAAAAAAAUAUUUAUUGUUAAUUCCAAUGUAAUAGGUUUAUAAUUGUUACAAAUUUUAUUUUGUAAAUGUUUUUUUUAUUAAAUAUUCAUAGAGUGUGUUCAGUGUUUACAUGUGGUAACACACGUGUGCGCUUAUACCAUCGCACUAUUGUUUUUUUUAU